UUUGCAGAAAGGAAACGUGAGAGAUUUGAUCUCUCUUCCGGAUAAUAGUUUUAUUUUAUUUUUUACAUGUUUUGCAUCAAAGACUUUCUAAACCCAGACGCGCAACAUCGCAAGCAGACCAGACCGCGGUUUGAGAAGUCAAUGAGAGAAGUGAAACGUUAUUCCUUAGUUGUUAAUUUUCUCGAAAUCCAAAGGCAAAACCUAUAUUCGAGCCAAGUAGUUGAACAUGUUAUUACUCCAAACAAUGAUGUAUUUCUGCGCAUGAGCAUAGUUAGCCAACGUCGCCAUGACAUCGCCUACAAGUCUUCAUACUGUACCGUCUUUGAUAUAAUAUGUAUCUCUAUAUCUAUUACUGGUACAUAACCAUUAUACCAUAGAAUAAGAAGCUCACUUGCUACAUUUUGACUACGUGAAAUGUAACGUUACAGGCUGAGCAGAAUAAUACGGAUUUAUCGACUUUCAUUCCGCUCAAAAUGUCUAAACUACAGUUGUUGAACGUGUAUGUUAGUGAACGACUAACAGCGGCUGUAGCAGAGAUAUCCGUGGCGGUCGAGAGAACAGUAGUAGAGUUGUAUGAAGAAAUAUCCCGUUCUAAAGAGGAGAAUAACCGUCUGCGAAGACUGUUGGAUUUGGUUUUCAACCCGGAGAUAAAGUUACACAAAGCAGUUGUCCGAACACCUGUCUGUCAGCAUAACUGGGGAAGAAGUGUAGUUCGUCAACUGGAGGCACACACAGCAUAUAGAUCUGUGCAAAACUGCUACAAUUCCCACCAGCUCACUCACCUCAUAUCUGAAGAGGAGGUUCCCCUGGAACAGCAGCACUGUGAGCAGGAGUGGAGCCCCAGUCUGAUUCAGGAGGACUCAGUGCCCACACAGAUUAAAGAGGAACAGGAGGAACUACAGACCAGUCAAGAGGAAGAGCAGCUUCUAGGGCCCUUUGAUACCAAAGACUCCAUAUUCACUUCUCCCUGUGUGGAAAGUGACUGUGAUCAGGAGAACCCAUCUCAGCCCUCACAUCUUCACCAAACCCAAACUGUGGAGGACAGAGAGAGGGACUCUCUACUCACCUACACAUCUAUAGAGAUCAAAACAGAACCUGAUGGAGAUGAUUACAGAGUAUCAGAACCAGCCAGUGACUCUCAGCCCCUCUCUGCAGUAACUCCAGACUGUUCUGCAGCUCAGAGUGAAAACAUGGAAAGUGAUGAUGAGGUGGAGAGUGGAGGACAGCUAUCAGGGUCUAAGACACUGGAAUCAAAGAGAGAACAGAUAGAGAAAGGAGAAAGGUUCCAUACCAGUGCUGGAGGCAGGACGGCCACAAUGUUGCCCUGUUUGACAUCCUCUAGGAAAACGUAUGCUGCUCCUUAUUCUUGCAAGGUUGCCACAGGCCUGAACCAAGCUAAUACAAGAGGACGUCCAGCUGCUGACGCCAUACACCCUCCAAAGCCACCCAAAGUGGGCCGUACUGGAGUUACUGAUGAUGUCCGCACGGAUCAAAUUGAACACUGGCCAGUGAAGUGUGAAACCCGGGGUCGCUGCAAAGUCUGCCAGAAAAAUGUAACGAAUACCCUCUGUCAGAAAUGUGACGUAAGACUGUGUUUCACUUUUGAGAGAAAUUGCUACAAGUUGUACCACAUGCCUUAGUGCAAGAUGUUUACAAUGCAGAAAUAAUGACACACUGACAACAUGAACAACUUGUUUCAUAUAUAUGAUGCUUCUUUUAGAACUUGGAUUUCAGAAGUAAUGAGUCAGGCUUCAUGAUGAACGUUUAUAUUUCAAUGGUUUUAUGACAUUGUAUUGCAAUUGUUGUAUUUAAACCCAAUGUUACACAUUGAUUCUCACACACUCUUCUGUCUUUAUCAGAGUCAAGUAUGUUAUGAAUUAUUAUUUGAGAUUUUGUGUAUUUAUGAAGAUUUUGCCGUUUCUUUUGCAAUUCAGGACUUAACUCAGGGUUAUACUUGGUUCACAUUGAAAUAAAGCUGUAAGAUUUGAUAAACUGA